CGAUGGAGACGAAGCACUGUUCAUGUGCGAACUUCUCCUACAAAUUGUUUGAAUCCAAACUAGAUAUCACUCCUCCCUCCGCAAUAUUUUAUCUUCCCUUUACUAAAUUCUCUAGAAAUUCAUAAUAAAUGACAAGUUCAUACUGUUUUGUUUGGGGUGCUCAUACUCUAGGGAUUAAUAACAUUUCCAAAGAUUAUUUGGCUGUUUAAAGCUCAAUAACAUCAACGCGGGAUGAGCUCAGAAGUAGAAGUGGUUGCAAAAUUCAUGGAACAGUCCUCUUUCCCGCAAGGGCUCAAAUCGCCAUAACCACCUUCGUCCUGUCCCGCUUGUCUUGCAAACGCAGGCAUUUUCGGAGCAGGUAGGGUUCGAGAUUCAUUACUGAGCAUCGAGUAAACCUCCAGCAUAGACGGCCUGUCUUCCCAUCUCUCCUGAACGCAUAGCAGAGCCACUUGCAGGCAUCUCUUCAUCUUGCACGGCGACAUAGCGUCGUCCAAUGACGGAUCCGUGAACUCCUUGCUCCGGCGAUCCCACAGUGUUGUCCUCCGGGUUCACAAGUGUCCAAGCGUAGCCAUGGAACAGUAGACCAAUGGUCAAUUUGUCUGGAGGAAACCCUUUUCUGAACCAUUCCCUUAUGCCGUAAUCAGUGUUUAACUUGCUUAAGGGAUCGUAUAGAGCAGAAUGUGGUCCAGUGAAGUUAUCUCUUUUAGGCAGAUAGUAGCCGUAUGACCUGAGAUGAAUCCAAUCAAAGUUUCUAACCAUUGAAUCAACAGGGUAAGUCAUGGAGUCCAGCUCUGGGGAGUAGUGUGCUCCCAUUGUCAAGAUCAGCCGUGGGGCCCGUGAGUCAGAGUCUACAGAUGCCCGCCACUCAUCCAUGAAAAGCCCCAUAUUUGACUGGGUGUUAGGAAGGACACCGUAGAGAUCCAGGCCAUGAAAUCCGUAUUUCCUGGCGGCUUGUAUGGAACUGUUGAUGAACGAUUUCCUGCUGGAAGACUGGUUAGCCAUUGCGAAGAAGUGUGGGGCUUCCUCUUUCCCUGCCCAGAUUGACAGUAGAGUUUUGACGUACGGGUUCUUGCGUCUGAUGGUCUCUGUGAAUGUUGAGAUGUAGGGUUGAUCGGAGGGGGGUAUGUAGAGCUCAUAAGUGGAGGAAUUGAUGCAGGCAAAGGCAAAUACGAGGUGUGUGUAUAGAGAUGAACUGAUGUCUGGCACCGGGAACUGACUGCUGGCAUGCCAGAAACCAGACUGGACCCAAGUGGCUUUUGGUGUUGAAGUGAUGCUGCUGCUGCUAAAAGUACAACAUAGGUGGGAGAUGAUGAGGAAGAAGAUGAGUUCUGGAGACAUGGAUGUUGGAUGCAAUGCAGGCAAUGUUCUCCUCUCAGGUACGUUAGGUAGAGUUGGAUGAAAGCAGGGCGGAAUUGGUUGAUUGUCUGGUGUUUGUCGUGAUGCUCCCGACGGACGGAGCUUUCAUUCGUCAAUCGUCAAAUCCUCUGAAAACCGGUGAGUGGGAGAGCGCCCAUGGGGAACCUUACGUCGAACGUGGCCGCAAAGCUGGCAUUUUUCCCCCCAGAUCCGCCCACAUACAACGUUUUCAAAGACGCCGAUGAAGGGCGGCUGUGCGUCAGCGGCGUGCCGGCCGACAAGGACGUCGACGUGCAUUUGCUCGAGACCCAGGCGGGGAACAAGAUCGUCGCCACCUUCUGGAGACACCCUUUCGCCAGGUUCACCCUCUUGUACUCCCAUGGAAAUGCUGCGGAUUUGGGCCAAAUGUUGGAGCUCUUCAUUGAGCUCAGAGCGCACCUUCGUGUUAAUAUCAUGAGCUAUGAUUAUUCAGGGUAUGGAAGAUCUUGUGGUAAGCCAUCUGAGUUGAAUACAUACUAUGACAUAGAAGCCGUGCACUGCUGUUUAAAGAGCGAAUAUGAAAUCAAACCUGAGGAUAUGAUUCUAUAUGGCCAAUCUGUUGGAAGUGGGCCAACGUUGCACUUAGCUUCUUGUUUACCGAGGUUGAGAGCAGUUGUUCUUCAUAGUGCUAUUCUUUCUGGAAUACGAGUUCUAUGUCAAGUCAAGAUGACAUUCUGGUUUGACAUUUUCAAAAAUAUAGACAAGAUACGGCAAGUCAGCUGCCCAGUUUUAGUCAUCCAUGGUACAUCUGAUGAAGUAGUUGAUUUCUCCCAUGGUAAGCGACUAUGGGAACUUUCAAAAGAAAAAUAUGAUCCGCUAUGGGUCCAAGGUGGAGGACACUGUAACCUAGAGAGCUUUCCCGAGUACAUAACACACUUGAAAAAAUUCAUAAAUGCAAUGGAAAUACAUUCGGUGUCUAAGCAAGGUCAACCUCAGUUGUCUCAAUCCCUAAGUAUAAGUGAAUGUAAACCCAAUAAGUGCUGGUUUAUAAGAUUUCGGAGAAGGUAAAUGGAUUGUCUUUACUUGCUCAAGAGGAAGAUGCUCUGUGUUUCAACGGAUUAUCACUUGAUAAGAGCAGCAGUUAGCUUUUCUGUCAAACACGUUGGCACAAUGGAUCAUCAGAAAACCAUAUUCGAGCGAUCUAAGUAUUAUGUAAACUAGGAAUGUCAAGAGUCUUGUGUGUGUGUGUGUGUGUGUGUGUGUGUGGUAAAGUGUAUCUUUUAUGUAAAGUAGGAGGGCUUACAAGGAAUGCCAGUCUUCUUAAGUAGCUUAGUUCAGGUAUAUUCUGGUUUGUUAAUAUGAAGAAACUAACCAAUUGUGUAUACUUGUGAAUAUAAUUAGAUAGAGUGGAUCUCUCAACCCAAAAAAAAUGUAAAAUGCCAGUAUUAGAUUCUG